GAGAGAAGUAAAGUAGAAAAGCUUUUUUUGUUUUGGAGCUUAGUGAGUAUUGUGGAAAAUAAUGGAAGAUUACUCCAAGUAUACUCAUAGUCCUGCUCAUUUAGCGGUUGUGCUUCGUGAUCAUGCGGCUCUUAGGCGAAUUGUUUCUGAUCUUCCUCGGUUAGCUAAGGCUGGUGAAGUUACUACAGAGGCUGAGUCUAUGGAGUCUGAAGCUCGUGCUGAUUCUGUUUCAGCUGUCAUUGAUCGCCGUGAUGUUCCUGGUCGUGAAACUCCAUUGCAUCUCUCUGUUCGUCUUAGAGAUCCUGUCUCUGCUGAGAUUUUGAUGUCUGCUGGUGCUGAUUGGAGUCUACAGAACGAGAAUGGUUGGAGUGCAUUACAAGAAGCGGUUUGCACUAGAGAAGAGGCGAUUGCUAUGAUAAUUGCUCGGCAUUACCAGCCUCUUGCUUGGGCUAAAUGGUGUAGGAGACUUCCUCGGAUCAUUGCAUCAGCAUCUCGAAUCCGUGAUUUUUACAUGGAGAUCACUUUUCAUUUUGAGAGCUCCGUCAUUCCGUUUAUUGGCCGCAUUGCUCCUUCCGAUACUUACAGGAUAUGGAAACGUGGUUCGAAUCUCCGUGCUGAUAUGACUCUUGCCGGUUUUGAUGGGUUUAAAAUCCAGCGGUCAGAUCAAACAUUUCUCUUUCUAGGGGAUGGUUACUCGUCUGAAGACGGUAAAAUGUCCCUAUCUCCGGGCUCCUUGAUUGUUCUUUCGCAUAAGGAAAAAGAAAUGACAAAUGCUUUGGAAGGAGCUGGUGCGCAACCGACAGAUGCUGAGGUUGCUCAUGAAGUGGCUUUGAUGUCUCAGACUAAUAUGUAUAGACCUGGAAUCGAUGUAACUCAAGCUGAGCUGGUUUCUCAUUUGAAUUGGAGACGGCAAGAGAGAACUGAGAUGGUCGGGAAUUGGAAAGCAAAAGUUUACGAUAUGCUUCAUGUGAUGGUGAGUGUGAAAUCUAGACGGGUCCCUGGUGCAAUGACUGAUGAAGAGCUCUUUGCGGUUGAUGAAGAGCGAACCGCUGCAACAAACGGUGCAGAGACCGAUGGCUUUGAAGACGUAUUAACGCCUGAGGAAAGACUCCAAUUGAAUUCCGCACUUCAGACUGGAAAUUCCGAUGCCAUUGAAGAUGAAGAGUGUGAAGUUACUGAUCACCAGGAAAACGGAGCUCUCAAGGAUAAGAAGGGCUGGUUUGGUUGGAAUAAGAAAGGCUCAAACACUGAAGAUACAAAGCUCAAGAAAGGCUCAAAGUCUGCGCCUGAAGACGGGAAUCAGAAAGGGAAAAGCCAGAGAUCUUCGAUGGUAUCUGAUCAUGCAAAUGAGGAUCUUGGAGAUGCAAAGAAAGGAAAGGAGAAGAAGAAGAAGAAGAAAGGUGUUGCCGGAGAUGAGGUUAAGCGUGAGAGUGAAUACAAGAAAGGACUAAGACCAGUCUUGUGGUUAACACCGGACUUUCCUCUUACGACAGACGAGCUUUUACCGCUUCUCGACAUAUUAGCUAACAAGGUUAAAGCCGUUAGGAGACUCAGAGAGCUUCUCACAACUAAACUUCCACUAGGCACAUUCCCUGUAAAGCUCGCCAUUCCCAUUAUUCCGACGGUUCGAGUUGUUGUUACUUUCACAAAAUUUGAAGAGCUUCAGGCGGCUGAGGAGGAGUUCUCAACGCCUCCUUCUAGUCCGGUAUUUCAUGAUGCAAAGUCUUCUUCUUCAGAGAACUCAUCACCAUCAUGGAUCUCAUGGAUGAGAAGUGGCAAAUCAAGUGACAAUGAUAGUAACCGUUACAAAGACGAGGUUGACCCUUUCUUGAUACCUUCAGAUUACAAAUGGAUUGAUUCAGCUGAGAAGAAACGUCGAAUGAAAGCUAAGAAAGCUAAGAGCAAGAGGAAGAAACAGGCGGCUACAAAAGCCGCUGGUGCUAGUGACUCGGGUACCCGUUCAAAUCAAGUAGCCGAAGAAUGAUGAGUCCUUAGUAACCGAAUCAUUGCAUUCUUCAGGUUUUGCUUUGGCUGGAUUCAAAGAUGUUCACUUUUUGAGCCAUCAUUGUGGCCUUGAGAAAAGGCUUUUGGUAGUGUUGUUUAUUGCUCUGUAAUGUCAUGUUAUUUCUGAAAUUCCCUUAACAAAACAUCUUUGUUCUC